GUGGGGAUGGAUAUUUGUGCUCCAGUGACCCGUCUGCUUCUCCACUCGCACUGCAGGGGCGGUGCUUCCCAAUCCGUGUCCAGCUCCCCCCUCCGGUGGUUGCCCCGCGGAGUCCCAGUUCACUCGGGAGCCAAGGAUGGCCAGCAGCACCAGUCGUGUGGACUACAAGCCCCACUGGGACUUCAAGCCAGACGUCUCAGAGAGGAGAUCUGCCCUGCUGAGAGCUGAGGGAAUUCCACCAAAGAUGCUGUUUGGCCAUCACCACUCCCCAUCCUCACAUUCGACAACGGAGUAUGGAUGGAGCUUCGCACAGAGGCCUGACUGUUUUUUGCCAAAACUGAAAUUCUUGGAAUCAGAUAAAUUGGAACUGAAGAGGUCCGAAACGGAAAAUCCUUGCCCAUUGUCACCCACAAAUCCCAGUCCUGAAAAGAUGCAAUCACAUCAUUCACCCAUGACUUUGUAUCAGUCAACUUAUCAACGACACCCACCUGAUGCCUUCUGCAAGAACCGGUGUGCCAGGGCAUCACGGAUGCUUUCCAGUCAUCUUUACUCGGUCAACAACAACCACAAGGACCUGAAUCUGAGACAGAACACCCUGCUACAAGUCCCUGACCCGCAGGUCCACACAGGAACCACACAGGCUCAGAAACACGACCGUGGCUUUUGAACUACAUCACAUUUUCUUUGGAGUCUAGAACACUUGCUGAAAGUGUUGCUUCUCUUUCCAUUUUAUUUAUUAUUUUAACUCUUUUUCACAAGGAAAUCCAUCUAUUGGAGAAUGUUUUUAAAAGAUGUGGUUCACUGAUAAACCAUUUAUACAUUUUUAUUUCUGAUUCUAACGGGUCACUCUGAGUUUUUCAUGCAGGCUGUACAUGAAAAUAGUCUCCUACACCUAUCUCCUGUACUAGCUUCUGAUAGAAAACAGACAAUGAAACUCUAGGAUUUGAAAAAGCAAACAGAUCUUUGUCAAGCGGUAGCUUGGACUCACCCAUACUGGUUCGCGACAGGGAAGGCUGUUGUUUUAGUGUCCAGGAAACAGCAGAUAACAUCUUAUCUUUUAAUUGUUAGCGUUAGCAACUCAAUCACAUGACAAAACUCCUCCAGGCUUGUGUUAUUUUUUGAGAUAAAACAUCCAUGCCGCAGAGCAAAAACAGUUAGUGGUUAAGUCACAUUGCUCUUUUCCAAUUUAAGGCAAGAUGCCCAAACAUCAGGAAAUAAGACUGUAGAUCCUGCCGCAUUCGUCUCUCCUCUGACGUGGCGGACUUGUCCCUGCUGAUGCAGGCAUGUCUGGGCUUUUUUUUGCCCUGAGUUCAGCUUGCAAGGCAUUCAUUCCUACUGGAGACCACUCCAAAUGUACUGAUUGGAGUUUCCCACAUCUUUAAGUAUAUCUCUGUGAGUUGUAUCUCUGUUCUUGUGUGAAUGGUGACAUCAUAACAUUGAUAACAUGGCAUUACCAAUGAAUUUGCUACUGCUAGUUUAUCCGUUUAAUUAUAGAUCCACUAGGAUAAAUACAAUAAAGUUUAUCUCUCACCAAAUAGAAUCUUUACUAAGACAUCACAAUAUAACUAUAGACACAUUACUUUGUCUUUGUGUGUGUGUGUGUGUGUGUGUGUGUGCGUGCGUGCGUGCGUGCGUGCGUGCGUGCGUGCGUGUGUGUGUGUGUGUGUGUGUGUGUGUGUGUGCUCUGUCUUCUCGAUCCCCAGUGAGUCGUGGAAGAUUGCUGCUUAUACUGAUCCAGGAUCCUCUGGAGGUUUCUUCCUGUUAAAAGGGAGUUUUCCUCUCCACUGUCCCUUUAUGCUUGCUUAGUAUGAGGAUUGCUGUAAAGUCACUGACACUAGUCAGUGACUUGAUGCAAUUUGCUGGGUUCCUUAUAUAGGAAACAUUAUUUCUGAUUGGCUUCAUGAACUGAUCUGAAUUGGAAUUUUUAUUAUGUGAAGUGCCUUGAGACGACUCUUGUCGUGAUUUGGCGCUACAUAAAUAAACUUGAAUUGAAUUGAA